GGAAAUGCAGCAGUGUUUGCAGAAGCAUCAAGUGCUGCCUUUUCCUGCUGGGCUGCAGCAGGUGCCUGUGUGGCCACAGGGGCUGUGUGCAGCCUGAGACUGCAGACCCAAAGCCUGAUGGCCGGGCACAGCACAGCGCUGCUCAGUGUGAGGAGCUGCACUGUGUGUGGGGUGGGGUGGUUUCCAAGGCAAGCCCCUCAGUGUCAGGUGCCAUUCUGGGGCUGUAGUCAUAGAAUCAUUAAGGUUGAGAAAGGCCACUAAGAUCAUCUGGUGCAAUCAUCAACCCACUGCCACCAUGUCCACUAAACUGUAGUCGCUGCAACUCUAGCCCAGACUCCCCAGGAUGGAGCUGAGGCCUCUCCUGGGCAUGGUGCACUUGGUUCUCUGCCAGGGCUGAGCUGCUGGAACUGCAGGUCCUGCUUCUGGCUGUUCCUGUCGCCCCUUUUAUGGCCAUCUUACCCUGUGAGAGCUGCCAGGAACUGGCAUUGCUGCACAGGGGGUGGAGUUGCCAUCCCUGGAGUUGUUCAGGAACUGUGGAGAUGUGGCACUGAGGGAUCUGGUUGGUGGCAUGGUGGAAUGGGUUGGGCUUGGGGAUCUUAGAGGUUCUAUGAAAACUGCAGAGCUGCUGGCAGUCAAGCUUUGAGCUCCCAGGAUGCUCAGUCUCACCUUGCAGAGGUACAGAUGUCUCAUCCUCCUGCUUUUUGUCCUUGCUCCAAACUACAGAGUUUCACACCCCUUGUAAAGCUACUUCUGUGCUUCCUGGAUCCUCCUUAUCGUACACUGCCUUUUGAUGGGGAGGGGGGAGAGCUUCUGUGUGCUGGGGCAGUAAAUCAGAUGAGCUCCAAUGAGGACAGCAGUCACUGUUUGUAAGUACUGUCUGACCCACUUCGGGACUUACGGAGGCAUUUAAGUAAGGUUUUGAGUAACCCCAACACUCUGUCCAUCCAACUGAAAGAAUACGCUAUGUCAGUUGCAAUAAAGGUGUUGCUAAUCACAACCAUUAAAUCAUUAAACAUGCAGUGGCCUCAGAACCUGUCUGAUUCUAUGAUGAAAUUGUUUUUUUAACUCUUCUGAAAUAGAUAAGCUGAAAUUUCUAGUGUGGAUAGAGUUUUUAGUUUCUCAUUGGUUAUAGACCUAAGACAGAUCACACAAAGCAAAUACGUGCACAGAUGUGUUGCUAGGCUGUGAUUUUCCAUGAGCUGUUUGCCUGUCACCGUGGUGAUGCCCACGAUCUGUUCGCUGCCCACAGUAUUCUUCCUUUCAUCUGAGCAAAAUCACAUAAUGAAGUGUUGGGGUUAGGAAUGUGAGAACCUUUGCUGAUGUUUGUUAAAUGUGCCAGAAGCUCAGCCUUGGCUUCUCAGUGGAGGACACAGGCUGAUCUGUGUUCCAGUUCUGCUGCAGUUGCUCUGGGCUGCAGGGUCCACUGAGUAGAUUUGGUUUAAUGGAGAGACCAGUCCGUGAAUGCUAUUCAUUGGUCACUGCUUCCUGAAAAACUGAACAGUGAAAUGGAAGAAAAGAGCCUUGAUAGUCACUAAAGGGAGCAAUACAUUCUGGGGCCCAGACACCAGCUGACAGUGUAAUAUUGGGGUGGUUUAACCAGGAGGGCUGGUUCAGUCUGAACUCAGUGCUUCCUUGUGCUUGGCUUCUGGCAGCAGGCAUCCCAAGCCUGCUAACAGCCUCCCACAGCAUCCAAGGAGUGUGUGCAUCCAUACUGAGUGUGAGCAAGCAACAUGCACCCCUUCCAGCCUCCCAGACUCCGAAAAACACCCAGCACAGGGCUUUCUGUAUUCUUUUCUGUGUGCUCAGUAAUCCUGAAAAGAUUUCUCUUCCUUGGAUCACCAUGCCAAGUGUGUCUUUGUGGUGUGGGAAAGGUCCCAUGAGCAGCACUGUGGGCUGGUAACAGGAUGUCCUGGUGUUAAAUUCACAGCUUUAAGCUCUUCUCUCCUGGAUAGUGCUAUUUAUUGAUUUUAAAAUGAAGGUGUAAAGACCCAUUUAUGUAAAUAAGCCAUAUUCGAGCCCUUGAGAUCAAUUUCACCGUGUCCAAAAUUGAUAUGAAAUAAUGAUUCUGAUAGGCUGAUUCAAGCUUGUUGAGCUUGGCUUGUUAAACACAAAGGAAAGUGGCAUACAGGUGGUGGAGCUGCUGUGACCUGUGUGUGGGUCGGGGAAGACAGAAGUACCCUUUGCACUGCUGAAUACAGUUACGGAAACACGGAGAAUAGGAGCAGCUUACAUUGCCCUGGGAUGAGGCUCAGGGUGUGGUGUGUGGCUGCCUGGCGGCGGCCGCUGAGUGUCUGCAGAGCUGUUAGCAGAACCAUCAUGCUGCUCAUUAGGAGGAGCUUGCAGGCAAUGUCUGGCUUAGACUGGUAACUUCAUUUCCAAACCUGUUAUAAGCACUAAUUUAAUGAGUAUAGUAUCUUCAUCCAGAGCCUAAUUUGACAUAGAUUGGAUUUAUUUAUUUUUUUUAACUCAUCUACUGUGCAACUUAUAAAUGUGCUCCAUUUACAGCUGUGUAUAGUAAGAAUUGAUUUGAUACAACAUGUUUUCUGACCCAUAGCCAGGAGAACCUGAUGAACUGUGGGACAGUGAAGGACCGUCUGUGUAUUGCCGUGCUCUCAAUGUCUGUGGUGUUCCCGUGAUUACCAUGGCCUUAGAGCUGCCCUGGGGCCAUGGCUGCUGCUCAAUCAUGGUGCAGGAAAGAUUGCAGCACAGGCACAGGAACUGCUGCAGCACCGCAGCCCGAAAAGGCUGCCUCUUCUGUUGUUCUCUCUUUUGCAAAUGCCUCAGCAGAAGCAUAUACUUAGGGUCUAACGUCCUACUCUGCAAAAUGGCAGGCUUGGUUUAGGGCCAUCAGGAAGCAAUUGUGAUGGAUGAGGCACCAGAGGUCCUUGGCUUCCUUUGCCAUUGCCCCAUUCCCACGUGCUCCCACCCAUGGCUGCGGUGUGGAGGCUGUGCAUUGUUCCCAUGCCAGAAGCUGCAUGCAGCUGGUGGCCUUGCAAUGCUUGUGCAGCCUACAAGAACAGUGUUUCUGUUGCCCUGGCUCUGCCUGCCUUGCGUCACGCUCCUGACCAUGUUGUCCACAGGUGCCUGUACAGCAGCCAUCUGCCUGCCUCGGCUUUGUUUGGUGAAGCCGCUCCUCACCCUGUGUCACGGUGCCGGGAGCCCGGCCCACAGUGCUCCUCCCUGCCUAGCAUGGGUGGGAGCAUCAGCCAUCUGGCACCCUGGGUGCAUCCCCCUGGGCGUGGAGUGAAAUCUGAUGGGAAGUAGUGAGGCUGGGAGUGCUGAAAAUGCCACCGGCAACAGGCAGAAUCUGGGAUGGUUGCAGAGAUCUUUUGGAAUGGAUAGAGUGCCUUUUAGAGGACUGACGUAGGUGUUUGUGGCCAGUGUGCGACUGUGGGGGGCUGGCACUUCUGUCCCCUCUCACCAGCACAGCCACACAUCUUGCUGCAGGGCUCCUCUGCUGGGGCUGCAGCAGGGAGCAUGGUCAGCGUGCUGUGCGCUGUGCUGCAUGCGCUGCUCAGCUGCCUCAUCCCUCCUGCCAACCUGCUGGUGAUUGUGGCUGUCUGCCAGCUGCUGAGGAAGCAUCCAGGCUCUGGCUACAUCUACGUGCUCAACCUAGCCACUGCCGACCUGCUGGUGGGUGUAAUGUGCAUCACCGAGGCCUUGGAUGAUGUUCUAGAUGGGGACUUUGACCGCAGCAAGUCCUUCUGCCUCCUGCGCAUCUCACUGACCAUGACGCCGUGCAUUGGCUCCAUCCUGACCCUGCUGCUCAUCUCCCUGGACAGGUACUUGGCAGUGAGGCUGCCACUCUCCUACCGCACGCUUGUGAAGAAAGCACCCGUGGCCCUCUCCCUCAUGUUCCUCUGGAUGUUCGCAUUCCUCCUUGGGCACUUGCCUCUUAUUUUUCCCUCCCUUCAGCAAAGCAACUACACAGGCUACUGUGGGCUGCUCUCUGUGGCCACGAGUGAGUAUCUCUACACCCUCUGCUUCGGUGUCUUUGCUCCAUCCCUGCUAGUGCUGCUGUGCCUACACGUCUCAGUGUGCAGCAUUGCCUAUGCUCAGCACACACGGUCGCCUCAUUCCUGCGCCCAGCCCAGGCCCCUCCGUGCCCGCCUGCGCCACUUCAAGGCACUGCGCACGGUGCUCUUUGUCCUCGUCGGCUUCGGGCUCUCCUGGGGCCCGUACCUGGUGGGGGGCACCGUGCAGGCUGCCUGCCGCUCCUGUGACCUGUCUGACACACUCAAGGACGCGCUGUUCAUCCUGGGCGAGACCAACUCCCUCCUCAACCCUCUCAUCUAUGCCCUGCACAGCAGAGACAUCCGCAGCCACCUCGCCAAACUGCUCGGCUGCAGGCAGAGGGGCCGAGUGCAGCCCGUGGCCUCCAGCAUCCACACCGUGAGUGGUGGGAGCUGGCCCAGGACAUCUGGGCUGUGAGGGGUCUGCAUCCCAUCACCCUCAUGACUGCAGGGUCUGCAGUGGGACAGUAGUGCUUGAUGUGACUGCAAGCAGAUCCCCCCACAGCAGCCACUCAUGUUAUGCCAGGGGCUGCCCGCUGCCCCUGCACCUGAGCAAAUGCUGCUGAGGCUGUUGGUUGCUUUGGUUAAACUGUGGCCUUUUAUCCUCUGUGAAUGGGAGAACUACUGCAUGCUGUGCUGUGCUGUGCCUGCAGUGGGCUGAACUGAACUGCUGUGUGCUGUGCUGUGCCUGCAACUGGCCAGACACACUGCAGUGCUCCCAGCAGGGGAACAUGGAUACCCUUUAUGAGUGCUGCUGAGUGCAGCAGUGCCAUGCUGUGGCCUCAAA